AUGUCGAGUAUAAUGGAUACCAUUCUCCAGUCGGAACCUGCUCGCCAGGGCACGAGGAGGGGGAUUCUCCCGCAAUCGGAAGCGCCUCCAAGCUCACGUCCAAACCUUCCCUCCGAAAGCAAUGCGCAGAUGAGCGAAGCGCCUGAAUUUGCAGACGAUCAGGUCAUCGGCGGCUCGAUGCCCCGUCGACCUCGACACCCCAUGUACGGUAGAGGUCCGCCAGUAUUCCGUGACGUGGCUGGAGAGAAAGUCCAACAGGCCUUUGAAGAGCUGUUGGAGACACAUAUGGAGGAUCCAAUGUCGUCCGGCGCCCCGCCCUCGUCCGAAAUGCUGAGUGAUAAAUAUUACGUUUCUCAAAUACACGGAAUGGCUAAGCUUCAGCUGUCCACACUCUAUGUCGACUUCACACACUUGACAUCACUCCCGAACCAGGUCCUGGCCGAUGCCAUUGCUAACCAAUAUUAUCGAUUUCAGCCAUACUUGACGAAGGCUCUGCACAACCUGAUCGCAAAAUACGAACCGCAGUACUUUCGAGAACACCGACAGCUUGGGAGCCAUUCCUCUCAAGCGAGCACGUCCGCCAUGGCCGUGGAUAGCAGCGAACCUGACCCUCUCUCCGAAAAAACUAGAUAUCAACAAACGGAUAAGGUCUUUUCGUUGGCUUUUUAUAAUCUUCCCCUGGUUUCGAGACUGCGUCAGCUGCGCACCGCCCAGAUAGGGAAGCUACUUUCGAUAUCCGGUACUGUCACAAGGACGUCCGAAGUUCGGCCAGAACUUGCAAUGGGAACGUUUAUCUGCGAAAAUUGCAAUACCCCUUGCCCAGAUGUUGAGCAAAGUUUCAAAUAUACCGAACCGGCAGUUUGUCCAAACCCUCCGUGCGGUAAUCGUGUUGGUUGGCGUCUGGAUAUUCGUCGAAGCACGUUCAUCGAUUGGCAAAAAGUAAAACUGCAGGAAUCUUCCCAUGAAAUCCCAACUGGCAGUAUGCCACGCACCAUGGAUAUCAUUCUCCGUGGAGAAAUGGUAGAUCGGGCCAAAGCUGGAGAGAGAUGUAUUUUCACCGGCACGUUGAUCGUUAUCCCUGAUAUGACUCAGUUGGGUGCCCCCGGUGUCCGCACAGAAGCAGUAAGGGACUAUGGUAAUUCGCGAGGCGGUGAGGCAGGCGGGAGUGGAGUGACUGGUUUAAAGUCACUGGGAGUCCGGGAUCUUACGUAUCGCCUGGCUUUUCUGGCUUGUAUGGUGACACCGGAUUUGACUACACCAGGUCAGCCUACAAGCCAAAGUCUCACGGGGCAUUCCCAGAAUAUUCUUGCUUCAUUGAACCAGGUCGAACUCCCUGAAGAAGUCGAAGAUAUGGCCCAAGAGCGUCUUCUGCAAACAUUCACACCUAAGGAGGUUGAGGAGCUCAAAGAACUCGUACAUACACCAUUCAUCUAUUCGAAACUAGUGGAUUCGAUUGCCCCUAUGAUCUAUGGACAUCAAUCAAUCAAGAAAGGCUUACUUCUGCAAUUAGUAGGCGGUGUCACCAAGAAAACCGUCGAAGAGGCCAUGCAACUGCGUGGUGAUAUUAAUAUUUGCAUUGUAGGCGAUCCAUCUACAAGCAAAAGUCAGUUUCUGAAAUAUAUCUGCGGAUUGCACCCUCGGGCGGUAUAUACCAGUGGAAAGGCUUCUUCCGCUGCUGGUUUGACUGCUUCGGUGGUAAAGGACCCUGAAACGGGCGAGUUCACGAUUGAAGCAGGUGCUUUGAUGCUUGCGAACGGCGGGGGCAUUUGUGCAAUUGAUGAGUUUGAUAAAAUGGAUAUAACCGACCAAGUCGCCAUCCAUGAAGCUAUGGAACAACAAACGAUUUCCAUUGCAAAGGCUGGUAUUCAUACUACUCUAAAUGCUCGCGCAAGUAUUCUUGCCGCUGCCAACCCUGUUGGCGGCAGAUAUAACCCGAAAGCCACUCUCCGUGCCAAUCUCAAUUUCAGCGCGCCAAUCAUGAGUCGAUUCGAUCUCUUCUUCGUUAUCCGCGAUGAACCCAACGAAUCCGUGGAUAAGAAUCUUGCCCGACAUAUCGUUAAUGUUCACAUGAACCGUGAUGAAGCCGUAGAGCCCGAAAUAUCCACUGAAAACUUACAACGCUAUAUCAGAUUUGCUAGAACGUUUCGGCCCGUAUUCACUCCAGAGGCGAAGGAGUUGGUCGUGGAGAAGUAUAUGGAACUUCGUAACGACGAUGCGCAAGGCGGUAUCGGACGAAGCAGCUACCGUAUUACGGUGCGCCAGUUAGAAAGUUUGAUUCGCUUAUCAGAAGCUGUUGCCAAAGCGAAUUGCGUCGAAGAAGUUGUACCUGAUUUCGUCCUAGAAGCUUACAAUCUUCUUCGGCAGAGUAUAGUCACAGUUGAAAAGGAUGAUGUUGAAGUUGACGAUGAAGCAAUGGACGGCAAUCAAGAUCAGGAGAUGCUCGAUGGCGAUAACGAACAACAUGACCACGAAGGAGACACGACAAUGGGUACCGGAGAGGAAGACCGUGUGAACGCCGAUUCUGCCCCCCACCAACCGCAAACCCAGAAAACGAAAAUAACGUAUGAAAAGUAUAUGAAAAUUCUUAAUAUCCUGGUUCGGCGCAUCAACGAUGAUGAAGCGAACUCAGGCGAGGGCGUCGAGGAAGAAGAGUUAAAAAUCUGGUAUUUGGAGCAAAUUGAAUCUGAAUUAAACAACGAAGAAGAUAUUGAACGGGAGAGGUCACUAGUGACCAAGGUGCUUAAACGGAUGGUGAAGGACAAUAUUCUUAUGCAAAUUCGGGGAGAAGGUCUUAUUGAUGAAAUCGAUGAUGCACAGGACAACACCCAAGCUCGUGUGGUUUAUGUCUUGCAUCCCAACUGUGCCGUUGAAGAGGUAUAA